AUGUCAGACCCAACCAUCGCAGGCUCAUCGCCCUCCCAACUCACUCCAGCUGAGGUCCAACCCCAAUCUCAAUCUCAGCCCAUCAACCCACCCACCCAGAACGGUACACUCUCAACUGCAAGUACCAAUGCAGAAGCAGGGCCAUCUUCCCCUCGAAACAAUGUUCCGAGUCAAUCAGAAGACGUAAUUAUGGCGAACGGAGAAACUACAGAAGCAGACACUAAUGUUGAUCAGUCGAAAGCGAACGGUACGAUGGAUAAACCAAACGCAAACGCAGUGGAAGAGGAAGAUACUCGACCUGAUUUGACUGAACUGUUCGCUGCCAGACGUGCAGAGGAAUUAGAAAGGAGAGAUAGAAGUUUGGUAGAUUUCUUGAAAAUGUUAGAUGGGUAUAAACCUCUGAUACCUGAAGAAGUCACGGAAUAUUACUUACAGAGAUCAGGAUUCGAAUGUUCAGAUCCUAGACUAAAACGUUUGUUGUCAUUAUCAGCCCAGAAGUUCAUCUCCGACUUAUCAAGAGACGCAUAUCAAUUUGCCAAAUUACGUGUGAACGGUACGAAUGCAGGUGGGAGAGGUAGACCGAAUACUGGUGGUGUGGAUCGUAAUCGCGUAGUAUUAACAAUGGACGAUCUAAGUUUGGCUUUGUCCGAGCAUGGUGUCAACGUAAAGAAACCAGAUUACUAUUUGUAA